ACGCUCAAUGACCGAGAAGGACCGAAGCGGAACAUUAGACUGCAGUACCGAACGCGGCCUCCGAUACGGCAGGGGGCGCUCGUGCCGUGUCAGAGCAUCAAUCUACCGCUAACUAGCGUCAAACCAUUAGGAUUUCCUUAAAUGUAUAAAGAACGUAUGCCGAAAUUAAAAUGUUUUGUCGUGUCAUUGUUAUUAUGCAUGACUAACGUUACACACCAAACUUACACGAACUUGCCCUGUUUUAUUUGCGUUUAGCUAACUGGGUAAAUCAUGCCAUUCUUUACUCAUGCGCUCAGGUCCGUUCUACCCAAUGUUAUAUUUCUGUCCUUCCAAAAUAACAUGGCGCUCGAGAUCCCGCGCAUUCUCGUGAUUUCUCGCGCGUUUUGUCAAAGCCAAGCUUUAUUGGUACAAUAGGUAACAUUUAGAACAUUCUGUGAAUUAAAUUCUGUCUCUUUUUAUGAAUACAUAACUUAGUUCUGCACGUUUGGUUUUUGUUUAAUAUUCCCUAUGUUAAACGUGGUGUUUUGGUUCAUUUAAUAAAGGUGGAUUGUGGGGCAUUUUUUUGCGUUUAUGCACUUACAGCCAGUGGCCACUGGGCGGCGACAAAACACUGUUUUAAAAUGUAAAUAUUUGAUAAGCAUAUGAUAGUAAAAAUUAACGUUUAGUAGAAAUAAAACUUUGAAAUGGCAUGAAAACGAAAGAGAAAAACAACCAUUAAGUUAAAAUUAUUUAAUAUUUACGACUUCAAUUUACUUACGAGACAAAUUUAUUUAAAACAUGACUGCGCUAAUUUAUAGUUAUUUAUUUGAUCUUUUUUUGUAAUAUUUUAGUGUAUUAUUUGAUUCGUUAAUGUAAUUUAUUGGUUUAUGUAAACGAAUUCCUCUGAACCCACGAUUACAAUAGCAUUGCGUUUACAAGUUGCCAUGACAACACAGAGUCAGCGCGAGACAAACUGCGUUCACCUGCAACAGCAUGAAAACUACUGCACAGGAAAAGAAUGGGUAAACUACUCAAAGGACGAGAAAUAAGUGAAGGAUGUGCCUCCUCCAUUCCUACAAAGUAUCAAACAGUCAUCAUCAAUAAUGAAAAAAAGAAAGGAUUUUCUUCACAGUCAAAGAGGUUUCAAGAGCACACGAUCGAGAACCCAGGACCCGGCUCAUAUUACUCACACAUAACCACAGAGACCUGCAGUCCUUCAUUCUCAAAAAGAGGAACAGGCAGCUUUGCUUCAAAGGCUGCUCGAGUUCCCCGUAGCUUAAAGAGAGAAAACCCAGGGCCAGAUGCUUAUAACCUGCAGACGUCUUUCCUCCACCAAUACGACUUUAACAGAGGAGAAUCCAGAACGUUUCGCCUGCCAAUCGCAGUGAAGAGAGAGACACCAAAAAUACAAAAUCCUGCACCAAAUCAAUAUCACGUGUCUUAUACCAGCGUGGACAGAGAUACAACAGUUUCGGCACGGUGUGCAUUUCUCUCUAAAACGAAACGAAGCCCCAGCUUGCCUAACAACUGUAAAGGACCUUCGCCCUGCCACUAUAACGUGAAUGAUGUUUUGGUCCAGACGUCUCCUAAAGUUCCUUUCUCCUGUUUUAAAUCCACCACCGCUCGGGUCCAACCACCAACGAGGAAUGACAACCCAGGUCCCGGGACCUACAGGCCCUAUCAAACUCCUGAACCUGUGAAGAGAACCGUUCUACCAAGGAGAUGUUAUUUGGGAUUGUCAGCACCUCCUCUGAUUCCUGCUAAAGAUCCACCCCUUCCCGGCCCAGGACAUUAUGAUGUAGUCAAGUACCACGGUCCAGUUAAAUAUCCGGUGUCCAGCGCCGUCUUUCUGUCUGGGACACACAGAUGUUUACAAGAGAGUACAGAAGAGGAACUACCUGGGCCAGGUUACUAUGAACCCAAGGUCCUUUCAAAGACAUCGUUUUUGUACAAUCCUGCAAAAAACUGGAUACCGGCAUAAAGUCAUGUCAAAAGAGAGAUACUAGUAAAAAUAAAAAAUGUGCAUGUUUAGAUUUUUUACAAAGCCCUAUGAA